AUGUUUCUGGGAGCUCUGUUCGCAGCUGUGUCCUCAGCACCACGCAACCUCCUGGUCUACGGUGUCCCUGGCCUUGUCCUGCUGUGGCAGGGCGGCCGGCUGCUGAACAAGCUGUGGUGGGAGCCACGGCGGCUGGAGCGGGCUCUGCGCGCGCAGGGCCUCCGCGGCACGUCGUACCGCUUCCUCACGGGCGACCUCAAGGAGUUCGGCCGCCAGAACCAGGAGGCCUGGGCCAGGCCGCUGCCGCUGGGGUGCCACGACAUCGUGCCCCACGUCACGCCGUUCCUCUCCAACAACGUCCGGGAGCACGGCAAGACGUGCUUCUCUUGGUUCGGGCCGAUUCCCAACGUGACCAUCACCGACCCCGCGCUGGUCAGGGACGUGCUCUCCAACAAGUUCGGCCACUUCCAGAAGCCCCAGUUCCCGGCCCUGACAAAGCUGCUCUCCGACGGACUCACCAGCCAUGAGGGCGAGAAAUGGGUCAAGCACAGGAGGAUCCUCAACCCUGCAUUCCAUCUCGAGAAGCUCAAGCUCAUGCUGCCGGCGUUCUCUGCAUGCUGCGAAGAGCUUGUCAGCAGAUGGGCGCAGCAGUCCCUUGGUUCCGAUGGUUCGUGCGAGUUGGACGUCUGGCCGGAGCUCCAGGCCCUCACAGGAGAUGUCAUCUCCCGCACCGCAUUUGGCAGCAGCUACCUUGAAGGUAGAAGGAUUUUCGAGCUCCAGUCCGAGCAAGCUGAGCGCUUCGUUGGCGCCAUUCAGAAGAUUGCAAUUCCAGGUUACAUGUACUUGCCAACGAAAAACAACAGAAGGAUGCGCCAAAUCAACAAGGAGGUUAACUCGAUUUUACGAGGGCUGAUUGGGAAAAGAAUGCAAGCUAUGAAAGAAGAAGGUGAGAGCAGCACCAGCGAUGAUCUCCUGGGCUUACUGCUGGAGUCCAAUGCGAGGCACGCGGAUGAGAACGGCGGCCAAUCCACCCUUGGAAUGACAAUUGAAGAUGUCAUCGAGGAGUGCAAGCUGUUCUACUUUGCAGGGAUGGAGACAACGUCAGUGUUGUUGACAUGGACGAUGGUCCUGUUGAGCAUGCACCCUGAGUGGCAAGACCGUGCAAGGGAGGAAGUGACUGGCCUGUUCGGGAGAAACAAACCAGAAUACGAGGGAUUGAGCCGCCUCAAAACGAUGACCAUGGUUUUAUACGAGGUUCUUAGGCUGUACCCACCGGUAACAGUUCUUGACCGGCAAACGUACAAGGAGAUGGAGCUGGGAGGGGUCAAGUACCCACCUGGAGUGACACUCUUGUUACCAAUUGUGACCAUUCAUCAUGACUCGGAUCUUUGGGGAGAAGACGUGGACGAGUUCAGGCCAGAGAGGUUUGCUAACGGCAUCUCAAAGGCGUCCAAAGACGCGCCAGCGUUCUUCCCCUUUGGCUGGGGGCCGAGGAUCUGCAUAGGCCAGAACUUCGCGCUGCUGGAGGCCAAGGUAGCACUGGCCAUGAUACUGCAACGCUUCUCGUUUGGGCUCUCACCGUCCUACACGCACGCACCAUUCGCCGUCUCCACCCUGCAGCCGGACCACGGGGCACAGAUCGUGAUGAAGAAAAUUUAA